CGAGCAGAAAGGGAUCAGUAUAAAACAAACUUUAUUUCGGGCAACUUCUAUUCGCGCUCCUAGAUAUUUUUUUCCUUCCUUUAAUCUUAUUGAUAAGUUAUCAAAUUAUCUAGUACACGUGUGUAAUACUCGCAGAUUCAACAAUAGACUAAAUGAUUACGUAAUGCAUACAAUAUAAAUAAUAGUGUGGCACAAUACAAAAGUAGAGGCGGGACUGAAAAAAAAAAUAAAAAAAUAAAAUAAAAUACAACGCAGUGGCUUUAUUUGAUUUGCGUCAUCGAUGGGACACAUAACAACAGUGGGCCUUGAAUUAAAGAGAGCAAUCUUAUAACACCCGAGUGCUAAUGAUAAAAUAAUUAAAUUAAUGAUAAAAUAAUUUAGUUAAUUUAAUAACGGAGAAAAGAUAAUUGAGAUUAAUUAUUAAUUAAUUAGUGGCAAGUCAUAAGAUUUGGAUUCCGAUGAGCAAGUGGCGUGAGACCGGGCUUAGAAGAAAGAACGAUUGAGUAGAUUAUGAUUAUGAUUAUGGUGAUCGAGGAUUUAGGAUCGAGAGUGAGGAAUUGAGGAAGAUCGGUGAUCGGUGAUGGUCGUGGGUAUAAAGGUGUCAUGAAUAAGAGAAGAAAAAGAAGAGAAACGGCAAGAUCUUCUCAUGAAGAAUACAAGUGUUAUCGCGUUUCUUAUUCUUUUGUACACCGUCACGGUUUUAUGCAUCACGGUUUCCGUUGCAUUUAGACAUCAUGUUUUACCUUGUGAUGAUCGCAGAUCUCAUACACAAACAAUGAAAUCAUGUACCUACGACACGGACUGCAUUGAGAACGCAUAUUGUUUCAAUCGUGAAACAUGUCACUGUAAAAACGGUCACGUCAUCAAUCGUAACCACACUCACAUGCAAUGCCUGGAGAUCGCAUCAAACCUGGGAGACGCGUGCGAGGAGAACAUACAGUGUGAAAUGACAUUUACGAGCCAGGCCGAGUGUCGAAACAAUGUUUGUACCUGCGUCGAUGGGUCACACUAUGAAGAGGAGCAGAGACGCUGCUACGAAUCUGUUGGAAUCGGAAAAAUGUGCAAGACAAGUUACAAUUGUUACGUAGAGGGCUCAGAGACAUUUUGCUUCAAUGGAUAUUGCAUUUGUCCUUUAUUACACCAUCCGAGUAGCGACGAAACAAAAUGUCUGAAAAGUACUGCCUUGGGAGAAAUGUGUUCGAUCGAUGAAGAAUGCAUAGCAGAAAAUUCACGGUGUAUCGGAUUAUGCAGUUGCAAAAUUGACUACGUUUUGUCUAAAGAUAAAAAAAGAUGUCUGAAAGCGGCUAAUGUUAUUGGAGAUCCUUGCGAGGAGGAUUUUCAAUGUUCCGCUUUUUUGAAGAAUACAAAAUGCAAUGAAGAAAAUGUCUGCGCUUGCGUACUUGAUUUUAAGCCACGUGAAUCUAUUUGUCUGAGAAAAAUUAAUCCAGCAAUGAUCGGUAAAGCGUGUUUCAGCAGAUCACAAUGUGUUCAUCCACCAGCGGAUUCUGAUCUUAAAGACACAGAGGUCGCUAAUGUCGAUUGUAUUGCAGGACUUUGUUCAUGCGCACAAGAUUACACUUUGACAGAAGACAAAACUGACUGUAUCAGAUUUAGCGAAAAUGGAACGGGAAAAAUAAAAACUCAUUCAUUAUUAAUUUUGAUCACCAUAAAAAUACUACAAAUACUUUAACCUAUAUCUACAAAUUUCAACUUAUUAACUAAUUAACAAACUAGAGGCUCUAUUUAUUUAUUUAAAUUUACUUAGACACUUAAGUACCUGUUUUAACUAAAAAAAAAAUUAAUUUACUGAAAAAUACCAAAGUAUUUUAAAAAAUAACAUUUUAUGUUUACUAUAAAAAUAAAAAUUAGAUAUUUACAAUGAUUGCACUUGCUGAUGAUUGAUUUGUUUAUUUUAAAAGUUCGUUCAAAAGUUCACAUGAACUAUUGACCUAUCGAUUGUUGUUGGAUGAAAGGUUGCGUGACUAAGUCUAAUUUAGGUCUCGAAUUUUUUGUCGGUUCUCGAUCCCGUUUGUUUGAGGAUGAGUAUAUAUAUUGUAUAACAUAUAUUGUGAGUCAGCACGAAAUACUAUAGCCCUAUUAUGUUUCUUUGAUACUUCAUUUUCGUCAACUUUUUUUUGUCAAUUAACGAACGAUCAAUAAAUUAUCAAGUUUUUGUGUCUAUUUUUUUAA